CAGUCCACAACGCUUGCCUUCCGUUGUUCAUUCAACAUGGCAGCGGGACCAAUUUCAGAAAGAAACCAAGACGCCACUGUGUAUGUUGGCGGCUUGGAUGAGAAAGUAUCAGAGCCGCUACUAUGGGAGCUUUUCCUGCAGGCUGGACCUGUGGUCAACACACACAUGCCCAAAGACAGGGUCACAGGCCAACAUCAGGGCUAUGGUUUUGUGGAGUUCCUCAGUGAAGAGGAUGCUGACUAUGCCAUCAAAAUCAUGAAUAUGAUUAAGCUGUAUGGCAAACCAAUUCGAGUCAAUAAAGCCUCAGCCCACAACAAAAACUUGGACGUGGGAGCAAACAUCUUCAUCGGUAACCUGGAUCCAGAGAUUGAUGAGAAACUGCUCUACGACACGUUCAGUGCUUUUGGCGUUAUCCUCCAGACGCCAAAGAUCAUGCGAGAUCCAGACACGGGCAAUUCCAAGGGUUAUGCAUUCAUCAAUUUUGCCAGCUUUGACGCGUCAGAUGCUGCCAUUGAGGCCAUGAACGGCCAGUACCUCUGCAACAGGCCCAUCACUGUGUCAUAUGCCUUCAAGAAGGAUUCUAAAGGGGAGCGACACGGCUCGGCUGCGGAGCGACUCCUCGCUGCACAAAACCCUCUUUCCCAGGCAGACAGGCCUCACCAGCUGUUUGCAGAUGCUCCGCCAGCAUUGACAGCAGCAACACCAGUCCUGACCUCAAUGGGAGCUGGGAUGUCCAUGCAUGGAAUGGCAGGUAUGCCACCUCCUUCUGGUUUCCCUCCUGUUCCUCCUCCGGGGUCAAUGCCUCCAUCAAUGCCCCCAUCUAUGUCCAUGCCGCCAAAUGCCGGGGGCCCACAGGGUGGUGGUGGACCUCCACCUGGACCACCGCCCUUCCCUCCUGGCAGCAUGCAUCCAGGUAUGCCUCAGAUGCCCAUGCCUCCUCCUGCUCCUCCUGGCAUGGUUCCUCCUCCUCCUGCUCCCCCGGGAUCAAAUCAGCCACGGGCACCACUGCCCCCCGGCAUGCCUCCACCCCCACCUAUGGGCAUGCCACCCAGAGCACCAUAUGGACACAUGGGUCCGCCUGUUCCUCCAGGUAUGAGAGGCCCACCUCCUCCCAUGCCUCCACCUGGCUAUGGAGCCGGCCCCCCUCGUCCACCUCCUUUUGGUCUUCAGAGAGGACCUCCAAUGCCACCAAGGCCCCCUGGUGCUCCACCACGUGUCCCUAUGCGAGCACCAAUGCCACCGUAAUCCAUCUCAGACUGCAGAAAUUUGCUUCACAUCUUACUUUUUUUAAAAACCCCAUUGUUAGAUUUACUCAAAUUUGUUAUCGUGAGACUAAUUUAACCAUCUCUUUGUAUUUUUUUUGGUCACUGUACAGAUGAAAGACUUGAUUAAUAAAGUUUUUAGUACAAA